CUCGCGAGUCGCGAGUGUGAAAAGCAUUUCUGACGAAGUAUUAUCCCUAAACCCCACGUCGCCACCAAGAUAUUAUUUUGAUCUUGUUCUCGUCCUUUACAAACCCGCACUCGCCCUCCGUUUACGUUUUUUGUUUCUUCGAUUUUGAUAGUUUUUUGUCUGAGCGACAAGGACCAAAGCCUCACGCUAUGAACCUCUCGGCUCUGAGGCUCGAUUCAAGCCCUAUUUCAGCGCCUCAAAGAAGCUUUAAUGGCGGAAGGAACAGAGGCGAGAGAUCGGUUCUGUUUCUCCCUUGCGCCUCUGGGACCUCCCGGAAGCUAAUACAGUGCUCUGCAAAGGCUGUAGCUUCUUCCUCCCCUCUGGGUGUGGCUGAGCAGACUGGAGACGUUCUGGACCGGAUUGGGUCGCUGAGUCAGGUUUCCGGUGUGCUGGGUUGUCAGUGGGGUGACGAAGGCAAAGGGAAACUCGUCGAUAUCUUGGCCGGGCAUUUUGACAUCGUCGCUCGCUGUCAGGGUGGAGCAAAUGCUGGACACACCAUUUAUAAUUCUGAGGGCAAGAAAUUUGCUCUUCACCUUGUUCCAUCUGGAAUCCUGAAUGAGGAAACCCUGUGUAUUAUUGGGAAUGGAGUUGUGGUGCAUCUUCCAGGCUUGUUUAAAGAAAUUGAUGGUCUCGAGUCUAAUGGUAUCUCUUGUAAGGGAAGGAUAUUGGUAUCUGAUCGUGCACACUUGUUAUUUGACUUCCAUCAGGUGGUUGAUGGGCUUAGAGAAUCUGAACUAGCUAAUUCCUUCAUUGGGACAACCAAGAGAGGAAUUGGGCCUUGUUACUCAAGCAAGAUGAUACGAAAUGGUAUAAGAGUAAGUGACCUGAGGCAUAUGGAUACUUUUCCCCAGAAGCUUGAUCUGUUAUUAUCAGAUGCUGCUUCACGAUUCAAAGGGUUUAACUAUGGUCCUGACGUGCUCAGAGAAGAAGUUGAACGGUACAAGAGGUUUGCCGAGCGGUUGGAGCCCUUUAUUGCUGAUACCGUUCAUGUUGUCAAUGAAUCCCUCUCAAAAAAGGAGAAAAUAUUGGUUGAAGGUGGUCAAGCGACCAUGUUGGAUAUCGACUUUGGAACCUAUCCAUUUGUGACUUCGUCCAGUCCAUCAGCAGGUGGGAUAUGCACAGGGCUUGGCAUUGCUCCUAAAGUCCUUGGUGAUCUGGUUGGUGUGGUAAAAGCUUACACUACAAGAGUUGGUUCAGGUCCUUUCCCAACAGAGAUCUUAGGGAAAGGUGGAGACCUCCUCAGGCUUGCAGGGAAGGAGUUUGGAACAACUACUGGUCGUCCUCGACGUUGUGGCUGGCUUGAUGUGGUUGCACUGAAAUAUUGCUGUCUGAUCAAUGGUUUCUCCUCCCUCAAUCUCACUAAGCUUGACGUCCUGUCUGAUCUUCCAGAAAUUAGGCUGGGAGUUUCCUACAAACAAAUUGAUGGCACACCAGUCAAGUCGUUCCCUGCAGACCUUCAUGUUCUUGAGCAGUUAAAGGUUGAAUAUGAAGUUUUACCCGGAUGGCAAUGUGAUAUUUCUUCCAUCAGAAACUAUGAAGACCUUCCAUUGGCUGCCCGCCAGUACGUGGAAAGGAUAGAAGAACUUGUUGGUAUACCUAUUCACUAUAUUGGGGUUGGACCUGGUCGUGAUGCCCUUAUAUUCAAGUGAUUUCUUCAUAGGCCUGUGGGUGAAUUAUGGACAUCUUGUCAUCAGAAAUGAAAGAGAGCUUCCAUCGCCCAAGGGAAAUCCUUCCUAAGGUUCAAGUUGUUUGAGAAAGAACAUAUAUGACUCUGGUUGCUUACAUCAAAUGCAACUAAUGUUAUGUUAUCCAAGGGCCGUCCAUGAGGAUUCCUUAAACUGGUUAUUUCUGAUAUUCUCUAAUUAUAUCGAAACCCUCAGUCAGUAAUUUAUUAGAGAAAUUUUGGGUCUUAGAUUUAUUUUCUUUUCCAUUUCUUUUUAAAGUUUCCUUGUGGGUUUGAUGAAAUUAAACAUGAAAACUAAUCUCUAAAUGUUUAUCAAUUGCUUCCAAUU